AUGCAGGAACAACUUGAGUGGAAGGACGGGUCCGUGAUUUGGCAUCGGGUCAAAUACGAACCUCACAACCUCUAUCCAAACAUCCCUUGGGUCAAUGACAAACCAACCCGUAUUCCAACUGCCGCCAAAAUCGCAUCCGCACACAAACAAGUCAGAUCAUACCGAUUUCUCACCUCCGGACUCAACGUGAUCAAGGAUCCUCUUGACAAAAAGUCUGUGAUAGCCAUUGUCAAAUUCACACCCGUCGAAGAGCUCACUAGUUCUCAAAUCGAAGAUCUCAACUACGUUUCCAAUUUUCUAAAUAAGUCUAAACGUUUUAUCAAUGGUGUUCACUCUUGUUCUCGAGUUUGGGGUGGUCUCAUGUGGGCCAUUGGCUGGAGGAAGUCAUAUGAUGAGGACCAGAUUGUAGGCCGAUACAUCAAGGCAUUCAACAAAACUGAAAUGCGGGCCUUUGAUGAACAUUACAUCAAGUCUUCUAAAGUUGGUCAAAUAAUCGGAAAUCUCUUCAAGGAUCUUGCUCACACUCCAUUCCAAGACAAUCAAGACCUCAUGAAGAAGUAUAAUAUCCCCUCCUUUCCAGACCUUGCUUACGGUGAACUUCCACAAGAGUCUACCUGCACUCCUCAUAUUACGUUUACUACCAAUGGUUUUUUUAAUCCUCCGCACAAAGACACCGAGGAUAUCUCUCAAUUUGCUUUCGUCUUGUUUCUUCCAACUCGCACUUCUGAUUACACUUUAGUAGACUCUUCCAAGUAUGACAUCAAAUCGGGGCCUUUUAUUUUCCCUGAUCACCGUAUUGGUAUUGAUUUUGAUCAUCAGCAUGGGAUUGUCAAGAUGAUAUGGCAAGCGAAUAAAUAUACUCACUGCACUAUGCCUCACUCUAAGAGCUCUCAAUUUACUCGUCUUGGAAUGUCCAUACAAAUAAACUCUGCUUUAGCACAUACUUGUGAUAAAUAUAUGAAGGGUUUUUACACUAGCAUAGCCCAUUAUUUUGGCGAUCAUUUUUUUAUAUGUUUUGUAGUAUGGGUAGAAGUACUUUAA